GGUGCCGUGUGUUCGGGGGAGGCUUUUUCCAACGCACUCUCCGCCAUGGCUGCUGAGGAACGGGAUCCCCUAGGCUUCUUCGCGGCCGAUGGCGGCUCCAGCUCCGAGGACGAGCAGGAGGACAGGGAGCGGACUAAGGGCCUGGCCCCGACGGUUAAGAAGCUACUCCCUUCCCCCGGGAACCCCCUGCCCCGGCCGGAGCAGCUCUUCCAGACAGUGCGGACCCCGGCCUUCCUCACUAACCCCUUGAACCGGAACAUCGACUGGAGCAGCAGGGUCCUGCGGGCACCAGAGGAGCCUCCUAAAGAGUUUAAAGUCUGGAAGACCAACGCGGUCCCUCCGCCUGAGUCCUACCAAACGCAGGAGAAGAGAGCGCCUCCCCCCGAGAUGGACCGAGCGAUCAAGUGGUCCGGAAUCUACCAGGACAAUGGCGAUGACGCCCCGCAGAGCGCAAGCCGAGCCAAGUUCCUGCCGGACGAGGAACCGCAGGAGGAUCCGGCCGCGGCGGAUGAUGAUCAAGACAAAUCGUCAUCAGCUAAAAAACGUAAAGUCCAGUAGUUUAUUUGGGAGUCACUGCGGAGUCGUGAAGAGACGUUCCUGUACGCUCGCUUGGCUGUGAUUGGCUGUAACAGUCUGCGGGCGCAUUUCCGUUAUUAAUCUGGGAUGGAAAGUACUGUGUGACGGCGACUUCGUCCAUCGUGUGCCCUGCAAAGUCAGAGGAAAGAUCUGCCUCCAAGAGAUACCUGGAGAUGUGUUCAUAUUUCUUUCAAAGUAAUGGCUGCCUUUGGGGUUCUGCUGUUUGUCUGCAUUAAUAGAAACCUUUUAUAAAGGUCUAUGUUUUCAGAUACCGGGUUAACCACGGAUGGUGAUGAUGCCACAAGAGGCUGUUUUAGAAGUGUCUUGUAAAUAUAUGACUGGAAUUAAAAGUAGAUUUCAUACUCUC